CCCUGUUUACUCUCUCCAAAUGGCUGCAGCUUUUUGCAAAAAUUACGAACUGAAACUGAAUGUCGAGGACGUCCAAAUUUAAAAACCCCGUCAGUGUUCAGAUCACUUUUCAAAAUUCUGAUACUACCUUUGAGAAAGACCAGGGGCUGAGAGAACUCCCUCAAAUCUGGCAAACAAUAGCCCUUGGCCUUGCUUUUGAUUCUUCCCCUUCCCCUCCCAAAUUCAAAGCGCUUUGUAUUAUUAUUAUUUAAAUCUCUCUCUCUCUCUCUGCUUUUCUCUGCUAUCAUUUGCCGCUUAAACUCAAUUGAUUACACCCAUUCUCGUUCGACCCACGCCUGCUCGAUUUGCGCCGCAUGCCAGGCUUCCCUUGGCUUCCCAUCAUGUCAAUUUGCUUUCUCUGUGACCCAUGUUUGAGCUUUCUUCAGCACUCUAUCUGACUCCUCCACUAUCUCUUCCUUCCAAUCGCUGCACGCCGAGGAAGUCGCAUGCCCAUCAGAAUUCAAGUGCAGAUUGAUUGCUAAAAGGAGGGGCAAAGAUGAAAGUUCGCAGCUUUCAUAUGCUAAUGGGUUCGUCUUCUUCUCCGCAAGGGUCUCGCGCGCUUUCACAAUAGCUUCAGCAGCUUUGAUUUCCGGUUUUCCCAGAACGACAACAGAUUGGGUUUUUGAAUUGACCGGAGAUUCGGAGCAAAUUGGUGGAAUUGGCAGCUAUGGUUGCAGAAACUUGGAUUGUAAAGAUGGGUAACCACGUGAGCGCUAAUCUCAAGCAAGCGCUUCUUCUCGAGACUUCAACGAAGAGAAGACAGAACCACCCAAAAAGGUCAGAUGACAAACAAGUAAUUGGCAUUCUUUCUUUUGAAGUAGCAAAUGUAAUGUCGAAAACCGUUCACCUCCACAAAUCCCUCGCGGAGUCCGAGAUCUCAAAGCUCAGGAACGAGAUCUUGACCUCUGAGGGUGUUAACAACCUCAUUUCCUCCGACGAGGCUUAUCUUCUCGAGCUGGCUCUCGCGGAGAAGCUCGAGGAGCUAAACCGCGUGGCAAGCGUGGUUUCAAGAUUGGGGAAAAAGUGCUCCGAACCAGCCCUGCAAGGGUUUGAGCAUGUCUACGGGGAUAUUGUUAGUGGGGUGAUUGAUGUGAAGGAAUUGGGGUUUCUGGUCAAGCAUAUGGAAGGGAUGGUGAGGAAGAUGGACAGGUAUGUGACUGCUACUAGAAAUUUGUAUAGUGAAAUGGAGGUGUUGAAUGAGUUGGAGCAAGCAGUGAAGAAGUUUCAACAUAAUCAGCACGAGGAGAGUAAGCGGGCUUUUGAACAGAAACUUAUGUGGCAGAAGCAGGAUGUGCGGCAUCUCAAGGAUGUCUCAAUUUGGAAUCAGACUUAUGAUAAGGUUGUGGAAUUGUUGGCCAGAACUGUGUGUACAAUUUAUGGUAGGAUCUCGGUGAUCUUUGGCGAUGCAGCAUUAAGGAAGAACAGUGUUAGGUUUGGUGGAGUUUCACCUCCUAUGGACAAUGAAAAUGGAUUUGUGUCUGGCCAGAUUAAACGCAACCAAAGCAGAAAAAAUGGAUGUCAUUCAGGGCCAGUUGGAAGACCAGCUUUGGAGAGAAAAGGAGCUAAUCGUAAGGGUCAGCUAGAUGUGAGGAGAGGUGAAUUAGCAUCUUUGCGGCCAGAAGAUUUUGGCUUUCCAUGUGGGACAAGCCCUGGGAGACUUUUCAUGGAAUGCUUGAGUUUGAGCAGCUCCGUUUCUAGAUUUGAUGACGAUGACGAUGUUGUUUAUCGUGAGGAUCAGUACUGCCAUGUUUCAGGUAAUGGAAUGAAAAGGGAAAGCUCUUGCCAUUCUGGUGGUCUAAAUCAUGCCCAUAGUGGUGUUUCUUUCACUGGAGACCUAAGACGAAUCAAACCUGGCGUUUCAAGUAACUCAAGCUUUGGUCCCAAAAGUAGAUUAGCAGCUUAUGCUCCUCCUUCCACUCUUGGAGGUUCAGCUCUGGCAUUGCACUAUGCUAAUGUCAUACUUGUCAUUGAGAAGCUGCUCCGUUAUCCACAUUUAGUUGGUGAGGAAGCUCGGGAUGAUCUAUACCAGAUGCUUCCAACAAGCUUAAGAUUAUCUCUUCGGACCAAAUUGAAGUCCUAUGUCAAGAAUUUGGCUAUAUAUGAUGCUCCUCUUGCUCAUGACUGGAAGGAGACUCUUGACGGGAUCCUUAGGUGGCUUGCGCCACUCGCGCAUAAUAUGAUCAGAUGGCAAAGUGAGCGCAAUUUUGAGCAACACCAAAUUGUUAGCAGGUCAAAUAUUCUGUUACUUCAGACUCUAUACUUUGCUGAUAGGGUAAAGGCAGAGGAAGCCAUGUGUGACCUUCUGGUCGGGUUGAAUUACAUUUGUCGGUAUGAGCAUCAACAGAAUGCAUUACUUGAUUGUGCGAGCAGCUUUGAUUUUGAAGAUUGCAUGGAAUGGCAAAUGCAGUGUAGUUCAUCUUACCUCAAUUGAGUACAUUCUAAACUUUUGAAAUGCUGUAUGAGUAUAGCUGAAUUUAAUUGCAAAUCGACUGCUGAAGUAUACAAGCAAUCAUAUUCAUUGAAGGGGGAAAAAGUUCACGCUGAGCUUGUAAAUAUGUUUAUGUACAGCUUGCUUCCUGCUGCUUUUUAUUCUUAUAGUAUCUGGCUAUCUGCAACUUCUUGCAGCGUCACAAUGCCUUUGCUAGAAUUGUUGUCAUGGAUAGCUGACACUAUAAUUGAUGUCCUACUUGCUCCAGCUGCUGCUGAUCUAUUUCUGCACUCGCAUUUCAUUAUUUCUAUUCAACAGCCUUGUAUUCUGGUCAAAGUCACCUAGUUAUAUUUCCCCCCCUUUUGCCUGGUCUUGUUCAUUUUUCUUUUCAAAGAGUUAUAUUAUUUAGUUUAGAAAGUGAGAGGAAGCCACUGCAUGAUUUCAAUGUUUCAAAUAAUACAAAUGCUUGUUCUUCGUAUGAACUGAGUGCUUCGUGUGAAUUCUAACUGAUGAAAUGCGUUUUCAUGAUAGUCGCAGACAGGGAUGACAAGUGACCAGAGGCAGGUCAGAGCGGGAUUACCUAACUGAUGAAAGUGGAGUUUCAUGUUGUCAAAGGUGUCGUUUAGAGCUUGAUUUGCUUUCCCACUGUGCUUAAAUUUAUUGAGUGCUCAAAUACAGGUUAUUGAGUUGGAAAAGCAUAUUAUAUUAUAAGUAAAAUAAAAGUAAGUUAAAAUUAAUAUA